GCAACGAGUUCUGCUUGAGCAAAUAGUUCUGAGAGCAUAGUGGCACCGAUGCUUUGCGCUAAAACUUCUACUCAGUAUUGAUAAAAACCACAACACAAGUGGAGGUGGUCACUUCGUUUAAAGGUUUCUUUUUUCGUAUACGCCGCUCCUCCAAUUGAGGUUUGCUUGAAAUGUGGCCCACAUUAUUAAUUGGUCUAUUCGUUUUAUUGCUGAUCUGGGACUAUCUGAACAAGAAGCAUCGUAAUGCCGUUUUGCGCAAAUCGAAUAUCUAUGGCGGCCUCCAUCUGCCACUGAUCGGCAGAGCUUUGCACUUGAUUGGAAGUAACUCUGAGAAUUCCAUCCAACGUAUACGUCAGGUAGUGGAGGAGCAAGGAAAAACAUUUUACAGCUGGGUCCUGCAUCAGCUUGUGAUAUUUUGUGCCGACCCCAAAAUAUUGGAAACGCUCUUAAGCAGUACCGUUCACAUUACCAAGAACAAUGUUUACGACAUGCUGUCGUUGUGGUUGGGAGACGGACUGCUCUUGAGUACGGGAAAGAAAUGGCAUACUCGCCGCAAAAUCAUAACGCCCAGUUUCCAUUUCAAAAUUUUGGAGGAAUUUGUAGAGAUUUUCGAUCGUCAAACCAAUAUAAUGAUUGAAAAAUUGAAAAAAGAGGUUAAGAAGGAUCCUCAAAGCCCCGUUGAUAUGUUCCCCCUGGUGUGUCUGACGGCCUUGGAUAUCAUUGCAGAAACGGCAAUGGGUGUUCAAGUCAAUGCCCAAUUGAAUCCCGAUAUAGGCUAUGUCAAGUCCGUAAAAAUUGUAACCCAAAUUAUCUCAAAACGCUUGAGAACCCCGCUCUGGCGUACCGAUGGCCUCUUCAAAAUCUUUGCUCCUUUCGUUUAUCGCCAAAUGAUGAAGAACAUCAACGAAAUGCAGGAAUUUACAAAAUCGGUUAUUGAGGCACGUAGACAGAAGUUGGAGGCGUUAAUUGCCGAAAAUAAUGGCAUGGAUGUCAAGGAGUCUAACGCCGACAACGACGAUGUAGAGAAAAUUGGCAGCAAAAAACAUAUGGCUUUACUUGACAUCCUACUGAGGGCCACCGUUGAGGGCAAACCCCUCAGCAACGAAGAUAUUCGAGAGGAGGUGGAAACCUUUAUGUUUGAAAGUCAUGAUACCACCACCAGCGGUACCUCGUUUGCCCUGUACCUAAUCUCACGUCAUCCUGAGGUGCAAAAGAAGAUUGUGGGGGAAAUUUCGGAGGUCUUGGGUGAUGAUAUCACCCAUAUGCCUACCUAUAAGGAACUGCAGAAUCUCCGCUAUAUGGAGUGUGUUAUAAAAGAGUCGAUGCGCUUGUAUCCUGCAGUGCCCAUAAUUGGCAGAUACUUCGAGGAGGACACUGAUUUGAAUGGCGUUACGAUUCCUGGCAAUUGCCAUUUCAAUAUACCACUCUUUGUGGUGUUUAGAGAUCCUGAAUAUUUCAAAGAGCCCAACGACUUUAAGCCCGAGCGUUUUUACGAUGAAAAGCCCGACGAUAUAUUUCCCUUUGCCUACACCCCCUUCAGUGCUGGUCCGCGUAAUUGUAUUGGCCAGAGGUAUGCCAUGCUAGAAAUGAAGAGUGUGAUUAGCAAAAUCCUGAGACACUACGAACUCUUGCCUUUGGGUCCUGAAGUUGUGCCUUCCCUAAGUUUAAUUUUGCGUUCCACUACGGGCAUGCAAAUGGGCUUAAAGCCCAGAAAUAUUGUAACUAGUUUAUGAAGUUCUCUAAACAUUUUAUAAUUUAAAAAUUCCUGAUUUUGUAAUGUAGAAGGAAAAUGUUUUUGAAAAUAUAGAAUUUGUUAAUUUGUAGCAAAAUAACGUUA